UUGAUCGCUGAGUUAAAUUUUGCAGAUGUCACUAACAGUGUCAGAGUUGUCUUUUCUUCGAUUGUUAGAACGAACGAAAAAAGCUGGCCACGAACGAAAAAGCUAGCCAGGGAAGACCUGGCUGCGAAUGUGUGGAAAGUGAAUGCAGCCGUGCUGUAUCUCGAAAAUCUCUUCAGCAGGCUCCAGGACGAGAAAACGCUUCACAACAGCGAUACACUGAUGCAGUAUGGACGCGAGUUGAAUCAAAUGAAACUUUUGGUGGAAGCUGAGAACUGCGUAAGUUCUCGACCCUUUCAAGAGAGACAUUCUUUUCCUAGUGCUUGGAGUGCUACUAGAGGAUAA